UGUCCAAGUGUCUUCAAAGAACUAAAAAGGGGAGGAGAUAAUCGAUAAUGACUUAUUGUUUAUUGUAAUAACAUUUUAGAAAACUUUAUCUCGUUAAAUAACUUAAAAAAGGCACCAUGACAGAAAAUCAAAACACGUCAAAUUCUCCAAAUAAAGACCCUUCUGUCACUGUCAUAGAGAAGCAAACACAGAGAAGAAUCUUUAAAAUAAUCGUAAUUGGAGAUUCUAAUGUAGGGAAAACUUGCCUUACCUAUAGAUUCUGUACUGGAAAGUUUCCAGAUAAAACGGAAGCAACUAUAGGUGUGGACUUCAGAGAAAGAACUGUUGACGUGGAUGGUGAGCAAAUAAAGCUUCAACUUUGGGACACAGCAGGACAAGAAAGAUUUAGAAAGUCCAUGGUUCAGCAUUACUACAGGAAUGUCCACGCUGUGGUGUUUGUGUAUGACGUCACAAAAAUGUCCUCCUUUGAGAACAUGCCUGGAUGGAUUGAAGAGUGUGACAGACACAAUCUAAACCUGGAUAUUCCUCGUAUUCUAGUCGGAAACAAGUGUGAUAUGACUGAUAAAGUCGCAGUGAAUACAAACUUGGCUCAGAAGUUUGCAGAUUCUCACACCAUGCCACUGUUUGAGACUUCUGCAAAAGAUGAAGAAAAGGCAAACCAUAUUGAUGCAAUAUUUUUGACUCUUGCACACAAGCUGAAGAACAGCAAGCCGAUGAUGUCUCCAUACAUUGGUCCUGGUGGCUACCCAAACAAUGUCCAAGUAGUGACAGUGGGAAAGUCGCCCGAGUCUAGAGGUCUACAAAAAAUGGGGACCGAGGACAAACAAGAGCAGUGUUCUUGUUAAGAACUUUUAGUGUGAAACAAGGUCUGAAAUGACUUGAUUGUAACUCUCUGAAUUAGGAACACUAAUGUGGAAAUCAGUGACUUACUGAUUGUGUUCAAAAACAACUGGUUAUUAUCAUUUAAUGGCUUCUAGCUCUCUGAUCAAAGGGUUUCCACUUAAAAUGCUUUGCUUACUUAGUAUUGUUUGCUAGGGUUUUUAUUAUAGUAUAUGUUCCAUAUUUUCAAGUUCUUCAUCUUUUGCUUCAUUGGCAGGUAAAUAUUUAGGAUAAGCAAGCUUUGUCAAGUAAAUAUCCAGGACACACUCAUCAAUUUACCAGAAAAUUUAAUUUUAGUGGAUUAAAUAAAUCGGUUUUUUUUUUUUUGCUUUCAAGCAAUUUAGUCAAGUUUGUUCAAACAUUGCAGUAAUUUUUUAAUACAGUCAAACUUCAUUAUUUUGAACUCAAUGGAUCGAGAAAAAUUUUUGAGAUAUCUGAGGAUUCAAGAUAUCGAAGGUAAAAUACUUGAAUAAUAAGUGGUUUGGAAUUCCAGAUUAAUUGGACAUAUCCAUGGUAUUCAAGAUACCUGUGUUUGAGAUAGCAAAGUUGAAAUGUAUUAUGCACCAAGUUCAUGAAAAUUUUAAUACACAUAGUUUCCUGAUUUCAGUUAGUUUUUUUAUGAUAAGGUGAAUGGUUAUACUUCUGUAAACUGCAUUUGAAUGCCUAUUGAAUGUAAAUGCAUGUGGCUUGUAAAUGGAUUUAUUUAACUGUAAACAUUCUUACACAUUUAAUUUUCCAUAGUGCACAUUGGUGAAGUACCGGUAUAAAAUUUGAGAUUGGCAUAAUUUGAUCCUUUGUAACAAGUAUAAAUAAGUUUGAUAUUGUACAUGUAGUCAACAUCAAGUAUUGAAAAUUCAGUUUUAAUAUUCCAUUUUUGCACAAGUCCUCAUUUGUCACAUUGUUUUAAAAAUUUCUAACAAUCAUGUAUACAGUAAUUUUCCUAGUCUUUAAAUUUUCCGAUAUUAAAAUAUUGUCAUUAUUUUUUUCAGUGUUAAGUAUCACAUUUUUUUAUAAAUACAAACUUUAUUAUUGAUCCUUGUAUCUUUCAUAUGCGACACAAAAUGUCUUGGUCUUUUAAUCCAUGUUUCUGAGACAGUAUAGUAGUAGCUGUUACCCAAUGAUAUUCAAAAAUAUACUAACAAAGUACAUUUUUUUUAUCAAAUAUUUUGGAGAAUAUGUUUGAAAAAUAAUGUUGCUCUUUUUCAGAGAACCUUGCUUGGAAACAUACCAGGUACAUAAAGUAUGGGCUCAUGCAUACUUUACGCAUCAGUUGGUCGCUGUUUUUGAGCUUGCAGAUGAUAAAUUACAUUACAUGUAGCUAGUCAGUAUCCUAACUUGAUCCCAUAUUGAUACAUAUACUCAUAUUAGACAUGAAAAAGUGGUAAAUGUGAGGAAAAAUUAAUGUCAACAUCCUGUACAAAUUAUACUGAUAUUUUCUUUCAUUAUACAUUGAUAUGCAGGUCACUGAAACGAGGAGAGGGCAUACAAUUUCUUAAGCAUUUAUAGACAUCAAAUAAUUUUUUUCCAGGCCCAAUAUAAAGUAUGUAGUCUAUAUGGAUCAGACUCGGUAUUGGUCUGAUUUAAAUAUGUGCAGUUGUACACAUAUUUUUUUUAUCUAUUUUUUUUUUUCAUUUACACCAAGUUCAGUUGUCUUUCAAUAUGUUGUUGCUUAAUGAAUGUUUUUAAUGUUUGUUUACCAAUAUGUGUCUGCUUAUAAUUACAGUGAAGAAUUAUAAAGCAAAAGUUCUGGUUUUAAGGUGUGUCUUUGUAAAAUUGUUAUCUUGAAACAGUGGUUGGAAGGUAACAACUUGUCAAAAUCUAAACAUUCGUGAAUGGCUAGAUUUGUUUCUGUAAUUGAAUUGAUAUGUGUAAAUAUAACAACAAGUUUGAAUGCUUAAAAGAAGUGAUUGACAAAAGAAGCACAUUUUUGUGAGAACAAUAAAGAUAGAUCACAGAAGUUUGUUGAGAAUAUGCAGGCUUCAAGUAAUAAGUUUGCAAGUACUUUCAGUUUUCCAGUGCAUGUAGGGAGUAGGUACAGUAUGUGGAAUACUUAAAAGAAAUAUUAUAUAUAAGGUUCACAUUUUAUGAGCACUUUUGAAAUUUAGUUUCAUCUGUAUCAAGACUCGUAACAGUUUAGCAAACUUCCAUAUUCUCUGUGCAUUAAAAUUCACAGUAUCCAUGUUUUAAAAAAAUUAUUAUAAAUCGGCCUUUUCCAGUAAUCCUGCAUUUUUCCACUUUAUAGUUUAUAAUCCAUACUGGAGGCCAAAGUAAGCAUGGAGUAUCCAAGAAGUCAGUGAUUGUUAUAUUGUUCAUAUAUCAUUAAUGAUUCCAUUUAAUUAUUGUUGUGAAUAAAAUGUAUAUAUUUUAAUAAAUCUGGGUUAAAACAAA